AUGGAGCACCAAACAGAAGAGUUGUCGGAGAUGCUUACGUGUAUUUACCUCCCGGAUACGCGCUACGCAAUAAACCACCAGAUGAAAGAGUUAUCAGACAUGCUUACAUGUCAGGUGUGCUGGGAAACCCUAACACACCCUAUUUACAGAUGCAAGUUUGAGCACUUGCUUUGCCCGAAGUGCUUUCCAACACUCACAAAGUGUCCCUCGUGCCGAGAACAGCUGGAGCCUAACCUUCGCUCUCUUUCCAUGGAACGGUUAGCAGACUUAGUGCGGAUUCCGUGCGAGUACAGUGAUGUGGGCUGUCCUGAAUUGCUCCAGCCAAAGACCAAGCAGCACCACGAGGAGACGUGUGGCUUCGGGCCAGGUGCGAGUGUCGCUCAGUGUCCGCUGGUGUACUCGUGCUCCUGGUUGGGCAGUCUGGGAGCUAUCGAGCAGCACGUCUACGAUCACCACCAAGACGAGCUGGUCGUGACACCAGACGGUGCCUUCACUGCCGCCGCUUCUUCCACGGCUCUCCUCGAGUUCGACUCUGCCCUCUUCGUGUUGCGCGCCGAAUCUGUCACGGUGGCAGACUUCACAUCACACUAUGUGCACGUGGGCCACGUGGCACAGGGUUUGCGUGCUGCAGGAGCUCAGUACCGUUUCAAAGUCAGACAGGAGCCGGAUGGGGCAUUCUACAAAGGACACGUGUCCGACUACCGACAGUCGCUGCAGGAACUGGCAGCCGCUGGCAGCUGCCUCUCAUUUGUCACUCAAGUUGAUAAGCCCGACGAGGUCUCCUACUCGGGUGCAAUAAAAAGACUCCCUUUCCAGAUUUUAAUAGAGUAG